AUGUCGGCCAAACGGCGGGACAAGUCCAAGAAAUCACAUGAAACUGUCAAUCCACCCGAAUCUUUCUCUGUCGCCCAAAGCUCGUCUUCCAGGAAGAAUCAAGUGUACGACAAAGUCAACUUUGGCCUCGAUGCAUUGGGAAAUAUAUCCGAGGGUUCAGAUGUACUUGCUCCUCUCAAAGCAGCAUGUCGAACGACGAAAUCUGUCCUUGAUAUCAUGCAGGCUAUCGAGAGCAACCAGGAAGAAUGGACGAACCUAACACAGCGUCUGAAGGGAUACAUGAGCGGACUCGAGAAGCAAACCACUUUGUUCGAGGCAUAUGCCGCAAACGAUAGGGCUUUCGACGAGGCACUGAGACAGCCACUGAUGCACUAUUUCAAAGCUCUCGAAGAUAUCCAUGAUACGGUGGUCGAAGUGAGGGAGAAACGAAGUCGCAGCAAACUUGGGUUCUUGAAAUCUAUGAGCAAAGUGAAGAUCGAUGCUGGAGAGAUUCGUGAACUCAAUAGAGACAUCGAGGACGGACAUCGGCAUUUCAUGGAAGCGUUAGGUAUUUUUACUGCACUGCGUACUCAAGGCAUCGAACGAAAGAUCGAGACUGCAACUAUUCUUCGUCUAUUGCCGACAGUCGCAUUCGCCGCGUCCUCGGUUCAUACGACCUGUCUGAAAAGAACGCGUGAGGCAGUCCUUCAGAUGAUCUGGCGCUGGGCCAGUGAGCCGGGUCCGCAAGUCUACAGUCGCAAUGUCCGUAGUCGAAUCAUGGCGGAACGAAGGAGUGUUAGGGUCGAUUCUUCUUCUCCGCGGCAAACAACGACGCAUCGACCACGGACAAGUUCUGUUCGACCAUCGCAAGAGACCUUGUCCAUUAUUUCCCUGAUCUCAGACCCCACAUUGCCAAAGCUGUGGAACAGAACCCUUCUUUCAUGCGAAGUUCUGUGGAUGAGCAACUUCCGGACACUCAUCACGAAUCCACUCCUCCAGUCAGGCAAGCGCGUGAUCCUCGUCAUCGACGCUAUCGACGAAUGCAAAUCUGGAUCACAGCGAAGAACUUCUCGAGGCGCUUGCUACCGCUGCUCGCGAGUUGCGAACCUCAAAAUCUUUCUCACCAGUCGGCCAGAUCCCGUCAUCGAGGCGGUCUUGCAGGACUUUUGA